GCGACAGCUGCCUGCUUUCAUUACAAAUCAAUUGAAUCUCAAACAAGGAAUCAACUCGGAGAGCAAGUUUUAAAAAUGGAUUGUCCAAGUAAGAUCACAAAAAUGAGGCUUAAACGAUGCGAAAGCACACCGACCGCUGACGCUAGAUCCCUCUCAAAGAUCAGUUGUAAAAUCGGGGAUCAUUUUGAAAAUGCCUACAUAAACACCGGCAGUUCCAUAAGCAUUGCCAGUACGGAUCUAUACAGGAAAUUGGUGGCUGACAAGUGUACAUUCACGGAUGGAACGGGCACCUUACAUUUGAUCGAUGAAACGAUUCAGAAUCAAGAGUACCGUGUCACGACCACAACUGUUAAAGUAAUCGGCAAAUGCAAAACGAUCAAUUUGGUAACGUUUCCGGAUCAUUUCGCUCAGCGCACAAUCCUCGGCAUGGACUUUCUCACUACAAAGUCGAGCACGAAGUCAAAAGAUGAUGCGGUAUUUCGGGUUCCAGAACAGCCAGCCCCUAAAUCAGUUCCUAUACCUUCGGUAGAAAUAGACAACGAAAAUCAGCCACCGGUUACUUUGCUGGAUUGGAUUUUAAACAGUAACAACUUGUUGAAGAAGCCAUUGUACAAUAUUUUGGCUGAUGGAACUGCUGACGACGAUGAUCUUUUCGCUAUUUGCACAUUUAUGAAACGUAUGCCAAGAAUGGUGUCUCCAAUAAGAAGUCUUGAAGAUUUGUCCUGUUGCAUGGAGAAACAGGUCAAUACUGAAUUUAAGGAGACUUCAUUCGAUAGAGCUCCUGAUUCAGCUCCACAUCCAUUAAUAAAACAGUCAACUACAACAAAGCCGCCAACACCAUUUUUGGACAAAGCGAACGAUAAGGCUGUAAGUUCACCCACGAAUCAUGAUACAACACCAUUGAAAACGUCGAUACCGUCGACAGUACCAUUGGAUAAACCGAAAGAAAAGUGCUACAGUACAACAUCGAUGAGUCAGACAACUAUGUUGAAGACGUCAACACCGGAAACAGCAUCACUGGAACCUACGAAAGUCACAGGCUCACCGUCAUCAUUGUCACAGAAUGAGACAAUUCAAUCGAAGACUUUGGCACAGUCAACGAAAUCAUUGGGCAAAGCUGACGAAAAGGUUAUUAGUUCAUCAUCGAAGAAUGAGAUCAAAACGACGAAGGUGCCAACACCCUCAUUGGAGAAAGAUAUGGAUCGAAAUCUUCAGAUGAAUCAAUGUUAUAGUCAACGUUAUCCAAGUUCAUCGUCGAAGGGUCAGACCAGUAUACCGAAGACGUCUACACCACCAGCAACACCAUUGGAAAGAGCGAAAAAAACAGUGAUAAAUCCAUCGUCGAAUAAUCAAAACAGUACACCGAGAAUGUCAACCACUACAUUUGAAAAAGAGAAGGAAGAGAACGUCAGUUCAUCGAUGAAAGAUCAAAGCAUUACACCGAGAACGUCUUUAACAUCGUUGGAGAAAGAGAGGGAAAAGAUCUUAAGUCUAUUAUCGAAGACUCAAACCACUACACCGAGAACUUCUAAGCCAACGUCUACGGAAAAAGCGAAAGAAAAUACCAUAAGUUCAUUAUCGAAGAAUCAAAGCGUCACAUCGAGGACGUCAGGACCAUCAACAACAUCAUCGAACAAUCAUACCCUCACAUCGAGGCUGUCAACACCGUCAACAACGGUAUCGUACAAAGCGAAAGAAAAGAUCAUGAGUUCAUCAUCGAGGAAUCAAACUGCCACAUACAGGCCGUCAACAUCGUCAUUGGACAGAACGAAGGAGAGGGUCAGGAGUUCUUCAUCCAAGAAUCUGGCAACUUCAUCGAGGACACCGUCAACAUUGGACAGAGAUAAGGAAAAUGUCGCAAGAUCUGCUAAUAAAGUCAAUACCUAUCACCAAGUCCCGCCACCAAAAUUUUAGAGACCUGAAUGACUUGACGUGGGCAACAGUUCAUCGAGAAAUUAUUUUUUUUAAACUUGAAAUUUACAUAUGGACCAGUGAAUGUGAAUAAAGGCGGUCCAGUUCCACUGGAAAAUGGUC